AUCACUACAUACGCUGAUCAACAACAAUAUGGCUUCACAAUCACAAUGUAGUAUUGCUGCACUGUCACUGCUUAUGCUCUUUUUCUUCUUGCCACUAUUCCUAUGCAAAGCCCAAGCUGGCUUUACUCUUCCACCGGCUGAAGUGGAAGUCAUUAGAGAAAUAGCUGCACAAAUGAACAAGACAGACUGGAACUUCGAUGACCCUUGUAGUAACGAAACAACUGUUGAGAAACCACGCACAGAACAGUACGUCAAUGAAGUCAUAUGCAAUUGCUCCAUCUCUGCUAAGACAUGCCAUGUCCAAAGAUUUAAUUUCUCAGGCCAGGAUCUUGAUGGUAAGCUUCCAUCGUCACUAGGGAAGCUACCUCACCUUAAGUCAGUUAAUUUAGAAAGGAACAUCCUCACUGGUCCGAUACCAAGAGAAUGGACUUUGACAAAGUUAGAAAUCCUGGCCAUUAAUGCCAACAAUUUAUCAGGGCCAAUCCCUGCCUACUUAGGAAACAUAACCACUCUCACAAAUUUGUCCAUGGAGGGCAACUUGUUUUCUGGAACUAUUCCCUCUGAGCUUGGGAAAUUGGUGAACUUGGAUUGCUUGAAUCUUAAUGCCAACAAUCUCACUGGAGAGUUCCCUCUGGCUCUCACUAAUCUCACCAACUUAAAUGUACUUAAGAUCAGUAGUAACUACUUCACAGGAAGGAUGCCUGAGUUUGGCAAUUGGAAAAAACUUCAGAAAAUACAUAUCGAAGCAAGUGGUUUCAACGGGCCAAUUCCUUCUAGUCUUUCUAAGUUGAAUAACUUAACAGAAUUAAGGAUUACUGACUUAAAUGGGGAGAGCUCAUAUUUUCCCAACUUGACAAAAAUGUCAAACUUAGAAAAACUGAUAAUGAGGAGCUGUAAUUUAAAAGGACACAUUCCUGAUAAUAUUCAAGAUUUGAAAAAUCUAGCUACCCUGGAUCUUAGCUUCAAUAAACUAGAAGGGCCACUUCCGAAUUUUGAAAAUUUAGAUCGUUUGUCCAAAAUAUAUUUAACAGGUAACUUAUUCAAUGGAUCAAUUCCAAAGUGGAUGAAUGAAAAAAGUGAUCGCUUCAAUAUAGAUAUUUCUUACAAUAACUUUUCUGAGGAAUCUGAACCACCUACUUGUCGAGAUACUUUCAAUCACUUUCGAAGCUCAUCUGGACAGAAUAACAACUCAAACCUCAACAAGUGUCUGGCUCCAUGUUCGAAAGAUUAUUACUCAUUGCAUAUAAAUUGUGGUGGAAAACAAACUACCAUUGGAGACAUAGUGUAUGAAGGAGAUGAGGCACCAGUUGGUGUUGCAAAAUUUUUCCAAAACUCAACUGCCACAUGGGGAUUUAGCAACACUGGUGAUUUCUGGGAUUCUAAUAAUACUAAAGUAACAGACUACAUAGCAAACAAUGUAUCUGUUUUGAAAAUGAACAAUUCUAAGCUUUACACAACCGCACGCAUCUCGCCUCUUUCGCUAACUUAUUAUGGCCGGUGCUUAGGAAAUGGAAAUUACACUGUGAAACUUCAUUUCGCAGAGACGGUAUUAAGAGACAACAGAUCUUAUUACAGCCUUGGAAGACGAAUAUUUGAUGUUUAUGUUCAGGGAAAAUUGAAGUUGAAAGAUUUCAACAUUGAAAAGGAAGCUGAAGGAGUUGACAAGGCAUUUAUCAGAGUAGUUAAGGCAGUUGUUGUGAGUCAGAAGACACUAGAGGUUCGCCUCCAAUGGACAGGGAAAGGAACAAGGAAUAUUCCAAAACGAGGAAAAUAUGGUUCUCUUAUAUCAGCUAUCUCAAUAGAGUCCGAUUUCAAACCUCCAGAAAAUAAAAAAGCAACAAAGUUCUUCAUCAUUGGAGCAGUUUUAACUAUCAGCCUUCUUUUGAUAGCUUUAGGCCUUCUUUGGUGGAAAUGUUAUAUUGAAAGCAAUGAAUCAAUGGAUGAAGUUCUGAGAGGAUUAGACCUGCAAACUGGUUUCUUUACCUAUAAACAAAUCAAAGCUGCCACUAACAACUUUGAUGCUGCAAACAAAAUUGGAGAAGGAGGAUUCGGAUCAGUCUUCAAGGGUGUGCUAUUAGAUGGCUCUAUUAUUGCAGUUAAGCAACUUUCUUCCAAAUCAAACCAGGGCAAUCGAGAAUUUAUAAACGAAAUAGGCAUGAUUUCUGCUUUACAACACCCAAAUCUUGUCAAAUUGCAUGGAUGUUGUAUUGAAGGAAAACAACUAUUGUUAGUGUAUGAAUACAUGGAAAACAAUAGCCUUGCACACUCUUUAUUUGGUUCUGGUGAAGGUCAACUGAAAUUAGAGUGGAACACAAGGCAAAGAAUAUGUAUAGGCAUUGCAAGAGGUAUAGCUUUCCUACAUGAGGAAUCAGCAUUGAGAAUUGUACAUAGAGACAUCAAAGCCACAAAUAUACUACUAGAUAGGGACCUUACCCCAAAAAUAUCAGAUUUUGGUCUGGCCAAACUAAAUGAAGAGGAAAACACCCACAUUAGCACAAGAGUUGCUGGAACUAUAGGAUAUAUGGCCCCAGAGUAUGCAUUAUGGGGUUACUUAACUGAUAAAGCAUAUGUAUAUAGUUUUGGAGUUCUGGCUAUGGAAAUUGUGGCUGGGAAAAGCAACAUGAGAUAUCGUCCAGAUGAAAACUUUGUUUGCCUUCUAGAUUGGGCCUUUUUUCUACAACAAAAGGGAGAUAUAAUGGAGCUGGUGGAUCCAAAGUUGGGGUCAAAAUUCAAAAAAGAAGAGGCAAAAAGAAUGAUCAAGGUAGCUCUAUUGUGCACAAAUCCAUCACCUUCACUUCGCCCCACCAUGUCUACUGCAGUGACCAUGCUUGAAGGCCGAACUACCAUCCCUGAACUAGUCAUGGAUUCAAGUAUUCUUGAUGAUCCAUUCAGGUUCACCGGUUUGCGAGACAAGUUUGAUCAGAUUUCACAACAAGCCUCUAGUGAAUCUCAUAGUCUUCUUGCCCAGUCGUCUAACUCAUCAUCACGGAUUGAUUCUGCCUCCACAUGAUCUCUUUAUCUUUAUUAAUUGUUUUACGUGCAUGUAGCUAUGUGGCUAUAUAUUUAGGUACGUACGUGAGUUAUUAGAGUGUAAACUAGAAUUUAUAUAUUUGCAAACAAGAAAAUAAGAAAGCUCUGUGGAGUAGAAAAAAUUACAACACUUUUAUUAUUGAAGAGCACUUUGAACAAUUGGACUAUUUUCUCACUUACUUUUUAGGCUAUACAUUACACUUGUAUUU